GUUACAAACAAAUCAAAACCUUGUAUUUUAGCCAAGUAUUUAUUUAUUUCAACUUUGUUAUAGUUAUGACAUUUGAUAAGAAAACAGAUAAUAAUACAAAUAUAAAAGGGAAAGUUUAUGAACAGUUGUAAUCAAAUUGCACUUUAGUUUAUAACAACACAGAUUAGAAGGGUAAAUACAUGUAGUCGCCAGAGAGAUGAUGCAGAUAUUCAUAUUCGAUAUUGCGUUCACUUCGAAUGAUCAUAAUACAUUAAGGAUAAAAAUUGCAUUUAUUAUGCUUUAUAUUGAGAAUGUCUUUUGUUGGAAGUGAACAUGAGGAGCCGGAAACUUCUUCUGAAGUUGUUUCGAAUUGGUGUGAUUGGCAGCUCUGUAGCAGGAGCUGUAUUUCUCUUGCAGCAGAAUGACUGGAACCCAUCUUCAAUUGGCGCUGUACGCUUUGGAAGAGCAGCUUAUGCCGCAGUUCGAGUUGCAGUGGAUUAUAAGUUGACCAAGAGGAUGCUGGAUCCAAAUGACCCUUCAUAUCAAAAGGAAACCUCAAAUCUUCAUCUUCGAUCUGCCCUCCGACUGCGAGACAUGUGCUGUGCUAACGGCGGGGCGUUCAUCAAGGUGGGGCAGCACAUAGGGUCCCUGGAGUAUCUCUUACCCAUGGAGUACGUCAAUACAAUGAAGGUCCUACUCGACAAGGCACCCGAGUCAAAACUAGAGGACCUCUAUCGGGUGAUCGAAGAAGAUCUCGGACUGAAGGUGGAAGAUCUAUUUUCAAGUUUUGAACCGCGGCCCCUGGGAGCGGCAUCCCUAGCUCAGGUUCAUCGGGCGACUCUGAAAGACGGACAGGUAGUGGCUGUCAAAGUGCAGCACCCAAUGGUGAAGUUACACUCAUAUGUGGAUAUCAAAACCAUGGAAUUUCUUGUACACACAAUGGCGUGGUUCUUCCCAGACUUCCAGUAUAUUUGGCUCGCUGAGGAAACGAAGAAGAAUCUUCCGAAAGAACUUGAUUUCAUACAGGAAGGUCAUAACUGUGAACGGGUCAGCAGAAUGUUUAAGAAGUUUGACUUUUUGAAGAUUCCGAAGAUCUACUGGAACCUGACAUCAGAGAGAGUUCUGACAAUGGAGUUCUGUGAAGGAGGGAGAGUGGACAAUCUCGAGUACAUGCGUGAACACCACAUUUCUGUCAGUGAGGUAACAAAGAACCUGGGCAAGUUGUACAGUGAGAUGAUCUUUGUCCAGGGUUACGUGCACUGCGACCCGCACCCUGGCAACGUGUUUGUCAACAAAACACCACAAGGAACCCAAGUGAUUCUUCUCGACCACGGCUUGUACCAGAUGCUUACAGAUGAUUUCCGGAUGAACUACUCCAAACUGUGGAUUUCACUGAUAAACGCGGACGUUGAUGGAAUCAAGAAGUACGCUGAAGCUAUGAACUGUGGGAAUCUCCACGGCCUGUUUGCCUGCAUGCUUACUGCCAGGUCGUGGAAGGCCGUUUCGGCAGGAAUUGAUAAACACGAGUUCUCCGAAGCGGAGGGACAAGAAAUCAAAGAAAAUGCUGCAAACUACUUUAUUGAGAUCACCGACAUCUUGAACCGAGUUCCACGCCAGAUGUUGCUCAUUCUGAAGACCAAUGACGUUCUGCGUGGAAUAGAGUCCUCUCUGAAAACACGAGCGAACGCCACAUCCUUCAUCAACAUGUCACGUUGCUGUGUGAGGGCAUUAGCUCAGGAGGAGCUCAAACGUUGUCGGACGUUGUACUGUAAACUGAGGGUGUGGACGUCACAGCACUCACAGCUGUUUAAAAUAUCUCUGUAUGAGUUCUACAUGUGGUGUGUGUCCACUCCCCUCGUAUUGUACUUCACUCACAGGAAGAAACAGUUAUACAGCUGACAACUCUAUGUGUGGUGUGUGUCCACUCCCCUUGCAUUGUACUUCACUCACAGGAAGAAACAGUUAUACAGCUGACAACUCUAUGUGUGGUGUGUGUUCACUCCCCUUGCAUUGUACUUCACUCACAGGAAGAAACCAUUAUAUAGCUGAAGCUUCCUAGUCAUAAAAACAUACCUAUUUAUUGUUUCACUCAUGUAUAACUUGAUGUUGUCCAUGUGCUUUUUCACCUGAAUUUAAAAAACAAUCAAAAUUAAAGUGUUUUAAAAUGUUAAUGAAAAUUAGAUAUUGGCUUUGAAAAGUGUGAAGUUUGGUCAUUGUUUGAUAUAUGGAGGGGAUGUAAUCCUGUGGUAAAGUAAUCACCUAAUGCACAGUCAGCCUAGGAUCGAUCCCCAUUGGGCUAUUUCUCAUUCCAGCCAGUGCACCACGACUGAUAUUUCAAAGGCCAUGGAAUGUGCUAUCCUGUCUGGAAUAGUGCAUAUAAAAGAUCCCUCUGUAAGACUAUUAUAUGUGUAACAGGCGAUGUUUUCCUACUGUUGGAAACACGAGGUUUCCGCCCCCAGAAAUUGCCUGUUCCCCAAGUUCUUUUUAUUUAGGACUCGUAUUUUAUAAAAACUGGCUAUCACAGAAGAACAACGAUGAUGAACAGAAACAGUUUAUUACCAUACGAAUAACAAGACCAAGAAAAACAAUACAUUGCGCGCUGAUACAAAUAAAGAGAGAAUGAAGGGAUCAACAGCAUUUAUCAUGCUCGGUGAUAUAUAAAAAGGUUUCAGUCAAAGAGACGGUUUAGCAAAACAUAUUGCUCAGACCGCAAAGAAACAGAACGAACACAGAUAGCAAUAAUGCUCGGCCUGUGGAGAGAAAGAGUUACCUGAAGAUAGGAAAAUGAAGCGUAGAGUAAACUCUAUUAACGUGCCACUAUCCAAUUACGGUUCAGGCACGUCUCUCCCACACCCAGUCUCUGGCAUGGCCAGUGGUCGAGUGUGGGACAGAUAAUUUACUUUUUAAUGGGGCAAUUUUGAAUUAUUUAUAAAAGGCAUAGGGGGGAUUUUGAUGCGUCGUUGAAAUAACCUAUGGUAUUUAAAUAAAAAUUAAUUUUAAUUACUUUAGUGUGACGCUUGUUUUUGACUGGGAAUUUCCAAACAGGUAAAUGAAAAAUGAAAAAUUACACAAUUUAUAUGCCCUUAAAAAGAUUAAGAUUGAAAAAGAUUAUAUACCCUAGACUCAUCCAAAACUAUGCCUUCGGGCCAAGACAAAAGUGAAGAACCCAACCAGGGGUGGACAUUUAUUUAAUUAAAAACAUCCUCCCCCAUACACAAUUUAUUAUUAAAGUAUAUUAAAAAGAGAGAAAAAAACAACAACAAAAACCUAGGUUAAAAGACAUGUUAUAUAUAGCCCAAGUGGGAGUGGGAACUAUUUUCGCGUGCCCCUAUCCAAAAAGGUUCAGGCACGUCCACCAUGGAUCCGUGUUCUGGCAUCGUCAGCCCACGGUUCCAUGGCGGAAGGGGGGAGGGGUGUGUGUUUGUAUGAUGGGGACAUAUAAUAUAUGGUAAGACCUUACAUAUAAAAUUACAUUAACAGGGACAGCUGCAUUUAUCUUUACUUAUAUAUAUCAAAAUGAUAUAUUACCUAUAUUUCUAUUAUAUUUUGGAAACACCAUAAAAUUUGUAAUCAGGCUAUAUCAUUUAACUUAUUUGUUAAUUGGUGUCAUUUUUGAUCGGGCUGUUCAAAUAUUUAUUGUUAAGUAAUCAAAAAAAAAAAAAAAUAAUAAUAUAUCUUAUUAGCCCUAGGGAAGGAGGUUGGUAUAGGCGGGCGGGGCAUCGCGUCCAAUCCAGCCCGCGCGUAACCCCAUGGUAGGGCCAGAAGCCGGCCGGAUUUCCAAGGGGGAGGCAUGCCGGGGGGGGGGGGGGGGGGAAAGGCCCAAGGAAAAUGAAGUUUAAUAAAUGCCUACUUAUGCAUUCCCAACUUCAUCUUGACAUGGUGUCCGAGAUAUGCAUAAAUUACCAGCAUAACAAUCACAAUAAAUUCCCCUAAUAGAGCAUACCACUUUGGAAUCUCUACACACACUUCUCUACAUUAAUGCUAUUUUCACAACCAUUCCCAAAUAAGAUAAACAUUAUUUUAACUUAGUUAAUUCAAAAUUAACUAUUCCUGUUUCAUAUGUAAAACAAGUUACAAAAUGGCUAAUAGCCCAUGAUUAAUACAUCAAGGUGUGUGUUAAACUGUUAACUUUUAUCUGAUAUUAUACUUCAUUUCACAACAUUGUUUGAUUUGCUAAAGCCCUAAAACAAAUGAUUUAACAGUUAAUAUUCAUGGAUUUAUUACAAAUACUCUUACAAAACUGUCAUCACUAGAACAAGUUGAAGAUUGGGAAGACAACAGGAAGUUUUAACAUUCUGUGCUAGGUGAAGUAAACAAAUUAAGACAACAUAUUUAUGUUAGAUCCACAUUGAUUAAUAAAAAUCCAAAAAAUUAACAUUAAUUUUAUUACACUUUGCUGAACUUUUAUUGAACACUACAUAAUGAUAUUGUGCAAUUUAUAACAUGACAGCUUUAAGAUGUUUGUCAUUGUAAGCUCCUAUCUUGAUGGUUUGUUUAUUGAAGUAUUUUUUAAUGUUAUGAAAUACUGUUACAUUUUAUAUUGCACUCUUAUUUAGAAGUCACUUAUAAUGACCAAUGUUUUCAUAUGAUAUCCUUUGUGAUGGUAUAAACUUUGAAGAUUCAUGCUGUCACAAAAUUCAAUCAUUUAAUAAAACACCAAUAAACCAUAA